AUGGUCCUGUCGCCGCUGCCGAUCGGCGAUCGCGUCCCAGCUCCCGUUCCUGCUCCACCACGCACCCGCAGCCCCGGCUCCGUGAGCGGAUCCUCAAACCACCCCAUCGGACGGUAUCGUCCCAUGACGGACCCAGGUACGCCGGACGGCGAGGCCAGGGCCCUUCUCGCCGUCGCCGAGAACUUGACCGGAUUGGUGCUUGACGACCACGACCCCCAGAUCUUCAUCAAGGAAGAGUCCACGAGCCCCGUCCCCGAUGACGACCACUUCAUGAUGCAAGCCUUGAAAUCCCCAACCGCCAGCCCCCCGCAAAAGAUGUCGCCCAUCGCAGCUAGGAAGGCCAGCGUUGCUGCGCAGCGGUCCAGCAAAGCCGGCGGGAAGGGGGGCGCAUCCAAGGCCGGCCAGCUCAAGGGACCGCCAGCAGCCGGCCAGCCCGUCGUACCGCGCAAGAACCAGGACUGGGAACCAUGGAAGGGUAUCCUCUACGAGCUCUACAUCACGCAGAACCGCAUCCUUCGCGAUAUCAUUGGCAUCAUGGAAACGAAGCACAACGUCAGGGCAACUUCCAAGAUGUACAAAUCCCAACUGGAAAGCCGCCCUUUUCUUUGUUCCUUUGCGCGCUGGGGCUUUUUUAAAUACGCCAUCAAGGGUCGCUCGCGGGCCAAAGCCGAGUCGCCAAACGAUCAGAGCUCAGACGACUCCCUCGACAACGCUCUCGUCCUAUCAAGAGACGAACUAUUACACGCCGACAGCGGGUCACGCAGUAUGCAGUGCGGGCUAACAGCCGUCCGGCGCUUCAUCCACGGGCACGUCGACCUAGACCCGUCCAACCUCCAGGUCGAGGAGGUCGCCGGUUUCGUCGACCCCUGCUACCGGUACUUCAAGGUCGCCAUGGACCUCUUCGACCUCCGAGAGAACCUCGAAGGCGGCCGCGUGCUACGCCUCGCUUUUCUUCAGAUCGAGCGCAAGAUAUCCAAACCUACCAUGAAGACCUUCUCCGACCUCUGCUUCCUCGUCCCACACCUGCUUCUCGAAUCCAACCGCCGGGACAUCCUCUCCGCAUACCUCCACUACCUCUCCCGGCUAGCCAUGGUCAAGUUCGGCAAACACCCCGUCUCGGACCUCGCCGCCUCCUUCGCCGUGCUGGUGGACGACCGCCCCGACGACAUCAUGCGCUACAUCAUGCUCCUCUCACAGCUCAACUCCGACACCAUCGCCUCCAUGCCGGGCAUGCUCGACCGCAACGCCGAGUGGGCCCGCAACCAGUACCUCGCCUGCCAGCGCACCAACACCCAGGAACCCUGGUCGUCGCCGUCGCCCACGGACGACGGCGCCAACGGCCCGCGCGACCGGCACGACCACCACAUGAUCCGGCUCGAGGCGCAGAGCGUGUACUGGGCGCAGAAGCUGAUCAUGCACGACCCGACGAGCGACGAGAUGGCGGGCCAGUGGCUGCGGCGGCAGUUCACGGGCGACUUCGGCCCCAAGUGCGAGGCCUACCUGGCGCGCCUCAAGCAGAUGGUGGCCACGGGCGGCUUCCCCGUCGUCUUCGCGCGCAUGAUGGAGUGCCUCUACGUCGGCUGGCUGUACGACUACUACGAGACCAUGGGCGAGUGGGACCGCGCCUUCGACUGGGGCCGCCGCGGCCUCGAGCUGUCCACCGACGAGCAGUACGCCAUCUGGUCCAUCCACCUCGAGGACCUCAUGCGCCGCCACGGCCGCCCCGAGGAGGCCGAGCUGCUGAGGGGGAAGAGGCGGGAACAUACCUGGCUGGAGAGGGUGCGCUUGGAGGUCGACCGGUUGGCUAUCGCUUGAAUUUGAAGGGGGAGGGGGGUUAUACCGGAGAUAUUUGUACGCACACUUGUUGGACGGAUCGAGUGGAUAAGGGGGUGGAUUACUUACAAUUUGGGUGGAUCUAUAUCUGGAAAUGGGACGGCCGGUCGGGGGGUUUUGGGUAACGGAUCGUAUCGUGUUCGGCUGGGUAGGACGGUGUAAAUACGUUUGGGGCCACCCAGCGCUGGGAUCGAGUCUGUGUUACGAAACAGGCCGGCAGGCAGGCAGUCGUUGUAUAUUAUUGAACCUUAUUCCCAGUAUGCUUCUGGAUAUCUAUAUGCCUGCAGAAGCUGCCAAUACCUCGGAUCGAUUCUCG